AUGGGUGCAAACUUUUUAAUGCUUAUUUCAGGUGAGUUCAUGGAUGCAGCUAUAUCAGUCAUAACUAUAGGAAUUAUGAAAAUUAUUUUGGUUUAAAUAGCUUCUAAUUUAUUACUGUUCUCAACAAUCAUAAGUUCUGUGCUUGUCAUCAUUUAUACAAUUCGUUAUUUAUAUCAUUUUCAUAAGGCUAUGCGUAAUCAAUUCUUAUUGGCUUUGAAUGAUUCUCAUUGGGAAAAAAUCUUAAAUUCAAUUGCAUUCAAAUAACCAUAUAUAGUCUUAUCUUUUAUAGAAGAUACUAUGUAAUUUACUCUGAAAUCAGAGGCUUAAUGUAAUAACUUUUUUAACAGAUAAUUUGAUGGAUCAAAUUUCAUUAGAGAUUCAAUAUAUAAGGGAAAUAAAUUAGAGAAAUUUUUGUUUAUGCAAAUUUAGAAAUAUCGAGUGGAUAGAGCAUCUAUUUUUAAUAAGACUUUGGUAGUAGAAUACUUAAGAAAAAUGAUAAGAAUUGAAUGUUCAAUUUAUUAUGGAAAUAAACCAACUAUAUUACUUCUUAUGAGAGAUUUCCUUAAAUAAAAAUAACCAGAUACAUCAAUUUAUGAAAUAAGACAUAGAAAUUUUAUUAGACUCCUUCUUAAAAUAUUAAGUCAUAAAGAUAGGUUGUCUUUAUUGAAAUGUCGUCUUAUUGAAAGAAAACUCUUGAUCUUAUAAUUAUAUGAGGAUCUAAGACUCUCAAAAUUAAGAGAAAGCGAAAUUAACAUUUAUAAUUUAGCAUAAAUCAUACACAAUUUGUAUACUAACCUAUCAGUUAAGGCAUUCGUAACUGGUAAUAGUAAUAUCAAUACGAUAUAGAAUAUAUUUUUGUUGAUUUUAUUAAUAAUAGCUGAAAAUUCACAAGGAUAAUAGCUUUCUAUUUGUUUAACGAAUGAAGAGAAGAGUUAGAGAUGGCUUCAUAUUUCAGGUAAUUUUUAAAUAGAAAAAGUAAAGAAAGCAUUAAAAUCAAUAUAAGAUUAUAUUAAAUUGAUUAGUUCAAGUUAGAUAAUUGAAUAAUUCAAAAUUGAAUUGAAUUUAAAUUAAUAUAUUUUGAUACCUUUUCAAGUCAAUCAAAUAAAUGCAAGAAGUUUAAAACACAUUGAUUUAGAAUGA